GUCAAUCCAUUUCGGCUACACAUGGUUUGUCACGUGCAACGUGCGGAGGUGUAAGGCGUGGUCAUUAGCAUAGCGAUCCAGAUCAUAUUUCGGGUGGAAAUAAUGCAAGUAGUGGUCCAAAAUGUGUUCUUGUCGGUUAUUUGGUAUAAAAACCGUACGCAUUCUGCAAUCUAAUAUCAUUCUACCAGCAGUCCUUUAGGCGAUACCAACAACUCAACCAAAACUAAGUCAUAAUGGCAUUCAAAUUCUUGGCUCUCCUCGCCUUGGUGGCUGCUGCCAGCGCAGUCGUUCUGCCCGUUGCCGUCAAACACGUGGAAUACGCAGAAGCUCCUGCCGAAUAUCAGUUCUCGUACUCUGUGCACGAUGACACGACCGGAGAUGUCAAGAGCCAACAGGAAGAACGUCACGGUGACAACGUCGUUGGACAGUAUACCCUGGUUGAUGCCGAUGGAUUCCGUCGCGUUGUGGACUACACCGCUGACGAACACAAUGGAUUCAACGCUGUUGUCCGCCGUGAACCUCUGACCCAUAAGGUUGUCAAGACUGUGGUUCCAGUGGCUAAGUUCGUUGCUCCCGUUGCCCACCACUACGUUGCCCCAGUUCCUCACGUUACGAAGGUUACCUACCCAACUUACUAUCACCAUUAAACGGAGGCCAAAAAAGUUCAGCAAACAAUGGUUUUAACUGACGUACUGUACGUAGUCCCAGUUGUUAUUGUUUAGAAUAAGAUUUAUUUAUUAAAGUUGAAGUCUUGAUAAACAAGAAAAUAA